UCACAGACUUACAUUGGACCGGUGUUAAUAUCAGUAAAUCCAUUCCAACAGUUGCAGAUAUUUACUGAUAAACAUGUUGAUAUGUAUGAAAGAGCCGCCAGUUAUGAAAAUCCACCACAUAUAUAUGCCCUGACAGAUAACAUGUACAGAAACAUGUUAAUAGAAUCAGAAAAUCAGUGUGUUAUAAUCAGUGGGGAAAGUGGUGCUGGAAAGACAGUUGCUGCAAAACUUAUCAUGAAUUAUAUUGUCAAAGUAUCAGGAGGAAGUGCAGCUGUAGAGAAGGUGAAAGAAAUAAUUUUGGAAUCAAAUCCUUUGCUGGAAUCAUUCGGUAAUGCUAAGACUGUACGAAACAACAAUUCCAGUAGAUUUGGCAAGUAUGUCCAGAUCCAAUUUGGCCGAGGUGGUGUACCUGAGGGAGGUAAAAUCUCAAAUUUCUUGUUGGAGAAGUCUCGAGUCGUUAGUCAAAACGUCAAUGAGCGAAACUUCCAUAUAUUUUAUCAAUUGUGUUUUGGAGCAAGCGAGGACCAGAAAGAGAACCUGGGAAUUGUGAAACCUGAAUAUUAUUAUUACCUCAACCAGAGUGGUGUCUAUGACAUUGAUGAUACGGAUGAUGUGAAAGACUUCAAGGAAACAAUGCAUGCAAUGGAUGUCAUGGGAAUCUCUCAAAAAUAUAAAGGCAACAUCCUGACUCUAUCUGCAGCAAUUCUUCAUCUUGGAAAUAUUUCAUUCUAUGAAGAAGGAAACUAUGCCUUGGUUACUAACAAUGAAUUUUUAGACUUCCCUGCACACUUGUUGAGAAUCGACAAAGACCUUUUGAAUGAGAAACUCACUGGUCGAGUGAUGGACAGCAAAUGGGGAGGAAAGUCCGAGAAAAUUGCCAUGAAGCUCAACGUCGACCAGGCUCUUUAUACCAGGGAUGCUUUAUCAAAAGCUCUUUAUAACAGGCUUUUUGACUAUCUUGUCACGACUAUCAACAAAGCCAUGCAUCUGACGACGGAGGGAUUAAACAUUGGGAUUUUGGACAUUUAUGGCUUUGAGAUAUUUGACAAUAAUGGUUUUGAACAGUUCUGCAUCAAUUAUGUCAAUGAAAAACUACAACAAAUCUUCAUUGAGCUCACACUGAAGGCUGAACAGGAAGAAUACAUGGCCGAAAAUAUAAAAUGGACUCCAAUUGAAUAUUUCAACAACAAAAUAGUGUGUGACCUAAUUGAACAAAAGAAACCCCCUGGAAUUAUGAGCAUGUUAGAUGAUGUUUGUGCCACCAUGCAUGCCGUUAGUGAAGGAGCUGAUAAAAGUUUGCUACAGAGACUCCAAGGCUUAGAUUCAGAAUACUACAUUGGGAAUGACCAAGGUUUCAUCCUGUUCCAUUAUGCUGGGAAAGUAGAUUAUUCCGUAGAUAAUUUCUGUGAUAAAAACCGAGAUGUUUUGUUCCAAGAUUUAAUUGAAAUGAUGCAGACCAGCGAAUGUGAAUUCAUCCGUAAAUUAUUUCCAGAGAAUCUCAAGGAUGCCAAGAAAGGGCGCCCUACAACUGCUGGGGGAAAAAUUAAGACUCAGGCUAAUUUAUUGGUAGAGAAGUUAAUGCAGUGUACACCUCACUAUAUUCGAUGCAUCAAACCAAAUGAAACAAAAAAACCUUUUGACUGGGAAGAGAAUCGUGUUGUUCACCAAAUAGAAUACUUAGGUCUUAAGGAGAAUAUCAGAGUCCGACGUGCUGGGUUUGCUUACCGAAGAGAAUUUCUCAAAUUUAUGAACAGAUACGCCAUCCUCACACCUGAAACUUGGCCUCAAUGGAGAGGAGAUAUGCUUCGAGGCAUCAAACAUCUGAUGGAUUCUGUGAAUAUAUCGCCAGACCAAUUUCAGUUGGGAAAAACCAAAGUUUUCAUCAAAAAUCCUGAAUCGUUGUUCUUAUUGGAAGAAGUCCGGGAGAGAAAGUUUGACAAAUAUGCUCGAGUUAUCCAGAAGGCAUUCCGUAAAUAUUAUGCUAAAAACCAAUACUACAAACAAAGAUUAGAAGCCUCUGAUAUAUUCUUGAAUAAGAAAGAGCGUCGAACCCACAGCCUCAACCGUAACUUUGUGGGUGACUACAUUGGGCUGGAUCAGAAACCAGCACUGCUAGCUUUAGUUGAAAAGAAAGAACGGAUAGAAUUUGCUGAGACUGUGACUAAAUUUGACCGAAGAUUUAAGCCGAUGAAAAGAGAUCUGAUUUUGACAGGAAGACACUUGUAUCUGAUUGGGCGUGAAAAAGUGAAGAAAGGACCACAUAAAGGGGCUAUAAUCGAAAUAGUUAAAAGGAAGAUUCCUUUACAGGAUAUUCAAAAGAUAGUGUUAAGUCCGCUUCAAGAUGACAUGUUUGUGAUUUUUGUCCAGAACCAGUAUGAAAAUUUGUUGGAAUCUGUUUUUAAGACCGAGCUGAUCUCCAUUUUAAAGAAGCGGUUUCAAGAAAAGACGAAAAGAGAACUUACAGUUCUUUUCAACACAAAGCUUGAAUACAAUGUGAAGAAAGACGGCUGGCGCGGAGGUCGUCAAAAACAAGUGGAGUUCCACAAGGAGUCGGAAAAUACAGAGACGAAAAUUGUUGGGAAAUGUCUUCAUGUUUCCAUUGGACCUGGACUUCCAAGUGACAGCAGACCUAACAUGGAGGUAACAAAAAAUAAACCAAGAAACAAACAUAUACCGAAAAGCAGUGGAAGACCUCCUCCACCAUCUUCGAAACCUCCAAUGCAUAAACCCGCACCUCCAUCGUCAAAACCACCAGUUCAUGCAAUGAAAGGCGGCAGCAAGAAGAUUGGAAUUAGUGAUGUACAAAAGCCGCUGAAACCUAAAAAGUUAAUCAAUAAUAAUUUCAUGGAUUCUGCUCCAAAUGGUUCACAGAAAACAACAGCUGAGGAAAUACAAAACAGGCCACAAAGACCUAGGAACCCCCCACCAUCUUCUCGUCCUCAAAAACCGAAACCUCAGAUGAAGCCACCUCCAAAACCAGACCUUCCAAAAUGCCGUUGUCUCUAUAGAUACGAUCCACAAAAUACAGAUGAAUUGGCUUUUGAAGAAGGAGAUAUUAUAGAAAUUAUCCAUGAAGAUCCUUGUGGUUGGUGGAAAGGGAAACUCCGAGGUCGAAUCGGUUUGUUCCCAUUGAAUUAUAUUGAGAGGAUGUGAGGAAGAUUUGAGGAAGAUUUUUCAGUGAAGCGACUUUGUAGCAACUUUGUCAUAUUUGAUUUCAAGCCCAAACCUGAUCAGGUUACCAAGCGAAUGCUCUCCCAAGCAUUCAAUUUCACCCCCCAACCACAUCACUCUCUUACCUUAGCUCUCCUUAAAUCUACCUUUUUUUUUUUUUAAAUCUAGCCCCCUUUCUUCCUCUUUAUAUCACACUCUGUUAUUUCAUCUCUUAACCCUUUUGUUACCAUUUUACUUUUGCGAUACUCUGAGUUUCUUUCCAUUAAUUUUAAAUAUAACAAAAAAUUUAGUAAAAUAACUUCGUUAUCAAUUAACUAGUUUUAGGGACAUAAAUUUUGACUAAGGUUUGGUGAAGAUUUUAAUUCAAAACUUGCGGAAACCAGACAUUUAUACUAUAGGGCCAGAGGCAAUUUCAGCUGGGUUGGCUUCAAAAGAGUUAAGUUGUCUUUUUUCAGAAGGAUUGUCUCUCAUUACUUUACAACUCCUUUAAUACAUCCCUUCUCUCUCUCUCUCUGUUUCUCUCUCAUUCUCUUCAUUUUGUCUAAGCCUCUCUUUCUCUCUUUCAUUACUUCUCACCCUCCAUUUGUCAUGUUAUAAUCUACCUCUCACUCUCUCAUCAGCUCUCACCCUUUCUUUGAUCUCUCUUUCUCUUUCCUCUUCCUUUCUCAUUCUCUCCUCCUCUCUCUUGGAGUCAUACACAUCUCUCUUUCAAUAGUUCUUCCCCCUCCGUUUCUCUCCUAGUCUUUCACUUUCUCUUUCUCUUUUUCUCUCUCUUUCCCCUGCCCCACCAACUUCUCAUUCUUCAAGACACCCAAAUCUGCUGCUAUCUGAUUAGGGGUUUGUGCAGACUGUCUGAGGAGAGGAUUAUCAUAGACAUGGAAAGAAUUAUGAAGAUGAAACCAAAAUGUCAAUCAAUGCACAUUCUAUUGAUUUCACUUUUGGCUUUUCUUUCAUUGGAAACAAUUUCUCUUAAUAAUUAUCAAUGUGUGUGUGUGUGUGUGUGUGUAAUAUAUAUAUAUA